GUGUUUCCUGCUCAGCCGCCGCGUCGAGACAGGUGUUCACGAGACAUAGGCACUGAGCUGUUACGAGAAGAAUAAUGAAUGAAAUAAAGAAAAGAAUGAUAAAUUAAAUAAAACAAAAAGAUGUUCUGUAUUAUGACCUGAUUCUGAAAAUUGCCAGUCACAUAUACUUUUCUUUAUCCGUGAAUCGUGAUGUGUCGCUGCGCAAAGUCUCCGUGUACAAAGGUGGCGAAUCACGGAGUUGCAGUAGUAGAAGUAGUAGUUGCAGUAGUUGAAGUAGUAGUUGUAGUGGUAGAAGUAGUAGUAGCUGUGGUGGUAAUACGUAUGUGCAUGUUGCGAAACCUUAUCUUCCCAAGCAGGCCAGUCAGCAUAAAGGCUUGCCAGCUGCACCGCCCCCCCACAGGGUGUUCUUGCCAGUUUGUACGCGUCAUUCUAAUACUCACACCAGAAAAAAGAAUAACCUCGAAAUAUUGAGACGAGGUUUAAAUAUGAGCUCGUGUCAAAAUAUGAACUAUUAAACAGUAUACAUUUUAUAAGUUUUAUAGGUUGCUGAUUCACACGAUGUCUUGCCUUCGCCCCGUUUUCGUACGGAUUUCGCUCGUAAAUUAUUUUUUAACUGGAUUUAAAAGUGUCUCUUUGAAUGCGUUUCGUCAUUCGUAUGGCUUCGCCUGGACGGAUUGGUUACUUGUGGAAGAUAUCUCUGAUGAACGAAAUGUAUGCGUAUAUGGAGACGUUCCUCAUCCCUGCCGUCAACAGACAGGACUCUUCGGCCCAGGAGACUGACAUAUCUAAGUUGACCCCUUUUGGCAGCAGAUGUUGGGAAGGCUUAUACCACUUAUCUUCUUAUUACCGGAUGUAUGCACACCUCACGUCAUUCACACCGCAGAGUGAGCACUUGUGUGAACAGUGCAGUUUGUCGGACCGGCCGGAACUACUGAGCGGAUACAACUGAUUACAGGACCCGGGGAAUGCAAGUCCUUGAAAGGCAUGCUCCUUCAGAACCUCGGCCUGUAGAGCGGAUAUUCCUCCUCGUCCUUGUCUUACGGGGCGAGGGUUGGGCACUCGACGGCGGUGGCGGACGAGGGCGAGGAGGAGCACGGGAGGGCGGCAAAGGGAAGGAAGAAGAGAAAGCCAGCGUGCAGACCGCUAGCCACGCCACGGAAUUCGGCUGGCUGUUCCCUCCCAGCGAGGCGAGACGACGGAGUCUAGUCGACACCGCGUGGCUGCGAGACUUCAGGCGAGACAUCGAGGCUCUGCAGACUGAGAUCAAGAGGCAGACGGCGUGUGUGUAUAACGAAGUGGAAACGAUCUGUCACGAGGACGCCGCUGCAGGAAAAGACAGUCACAGUGAGGUCAAGGGGCAGGACGAGUGUGUGCAUAACGAGAAUACGAGAAGUCACGAGGACGCUACCAGAAGAGAAAGCCACAGCGAGAUUGAAAGACUGCAGAGCGAGCUGAGGAGACACCCGGCGUUUGUGUGUCGAGGUGAGAGGACGAGACACAAUGAGGGCCUUUUAAGAACAGAGUGUCAUAGUUUAGAGUGUUGUGUCGCGGUGAACGGGGACGAGAGUGAGUGUUGCAGCCCCGUCGCGGUGAAGUGCGAGGAGAGGCUUGUUGCUCCUGCCAGAGUAGCAAGUUGUGGAGAGCUCGCAGUCAGCUCGUCAGUGCAAACACGUGAACUGGACUCGAGUCGGGUGGCUAUUUCCAACGAGAUGGCCAGCGGCGGGGAGAGUAACGGUGGAGUCUCUAACCGGGGACUGGGAUUGAAGGAGGAAGGAGAAUCAUCACAUUGCCAUAACGUUGGGGAAUCCUCUGGGAGUGAACUGUCAUGUGACUUAGACUCUGGCUUAAGCACGUUUGGAGAUGAUGCUGCAAAGUGUGAUGUAUACAGCAAACUGCAGCACAAGAACACUCAAAGAUCUGCAAGUGAUGAGGACUCUUGUGUGGGCGAAGGGUCAUUCCUGUCAGACUCCGGCCUCAGCACGUACACGAGUGGCAGCGUGAAGUUUGACACCUACAGCAGCAUGCACAGCGACAUCUCGAGGGACAGCGGGAUAUUCACAGCAGACGACACAAGCUUCAUCUCCGAGGCUCCUGGGGACGUGUCACUUCUUCAGGAGCUCGGGGAUGUGCUGAGUGACGAAGAGGUGUCCCUUGAGUCCUGCAUCCCCUGCGGGUCCCUGCCUCUGAAGGAGAUAGGGCCAGGAAUCAAAGGGGAUGUUGGCUAUAACGUGUGGUUGAAAAGGUUUAGCAGCAGUAAUGAUCUGUCAGAAAGUUCAUGGGGCUCGUACGAGUGGGAGGUGAAAGAGGACGGAGAACACGGCCACAAGAGUUGUUCGUUUGGUUCCGUAAGCCCCGUUGUUGUGAGGAGGAAAAAAUGGGACUCUGAGGAUGAUGGCGGUAAUGUACUGUUUCGUGAGGAGGAGGAACAGACGGUGAAAGAGAAACCGUGCAGUGGCUGUGAAAAGACGAAUGAAGGAGUGAAAGUAACGCAGUGUCGCGCCUCUCAAAAACUGAACGAAGGUGUGAGCGUAAAGGAGUGUGCGGUGUGCAAAAACUUAUAUGAAGAACCUGAGACGAAACAGCGCAGUGCCAAUGAAAACCGAAACAAGGGCAACGACGUGCAGGCCGAUUUGUGCGUGACCUGCAGGAAGCUUUACCAAGAAUCUCCUCUAAACCUACUCCUGCAGACACAGAGAAUCUCGGCAAUGGCAAAGUUCAGUAAGUCGUUCCAGGGCCUCAACAAGCGGGUGGAGGACCUGCGCUCUGGCCUGGACAGCCUCUUCGGGGAAGUGAAUGAGAGUAAGCACGAGUUCUUGAGCCUGGAGCGGCGGACCACGCAGCUGUUGGCCUCCACUGUCUCAUCACGUCACCGCCUGGCACGCGUUCGAGCUCUCACGCUACUUGAAGAUCGCUUGCAAGAGGAGUGGUGGGAGGCCUAUGACCCCGGCAGCGUCCCCUUCCACGAAAACUACAUCGUAUAGGCAACGCGUGACUUCGUACGAUAAACACUUUCAAAGGGUCGUAUUACAAGACGUAUCGCCGCCCAAGAAUACAUAUUUGACAAGGCUUUCGUAGGAGUUGUGGGCAUUUCCAGGGGUAGUGUGAGUCUUCUGUACCAUGAACCUGAAGAAACACUCAUUAGAACCCGACUGACCCGCUCUUUGACCUUUAGAAAUAUGGCCCUGGUGGUAGUCUGACCCUUCUUCUGUACCAUGAACCUGAAGAAACACUCAUUAGAACCCAACUGACCCGCUCUUUGACCUUUAGAAAUAUGGCCCUGGUGGUAGUCUGACCCUUCUUCUGUACCAUGAACCUGAAGAAACACUCAUUAGAAGCCGACUGACCCGCUCUUUGACCUUUAGAAAUAGGUGAUGUGAGAAGCGAGCAUGUCUUGUAAUACCAACCUUUGUAUGGCGUGAGCAAUAUAUUUGUAUACUAUGGAAGCUCAUGCACAGCGUUGUAAGUUCCUAGAAAUGUUUAGUUCAUAUUAUAACGGAAAUCAUAAGUUACGUGAGUGAAAACAUUGAUGACGAGAUGUGAUAUGAUGUGUGUGUGUGUGUGUGUGUGUGUGUGUGUGUGUGUAACCGACCAUCUAAUACGCGGUCAUUUUUGCUACUUUCGGCCAGCACAACACGCACGCAACAUCGAGACCCUGUGACCUUUUUUUCUUCUUCUCGGUAAUUAAAGCAGUUGUGCACA